CAGAGGCGAGAAAUGUAUAAGCAAUAAAAGGAGAAUAUUCUCGGAGGAAAAUUCUUAUGAAAUUACACAUUUAUUGAAAGGUUUUUAAAAGGAAAAUUAAUAGAAAAUAAGCCCUGGAAUUUCGAUUAGUGGCCUGUUUUGUCUGAAAAGCCUCUUCGAUCCUACCUGACGAGGGUUAGUCUUUCUCUAUACUCGUUACCCCACUCGACCGCCUUAAAGGCCUUUUUCUUUCUUUCUUUCUUUGUUUCAACGUAUUAUAUUGAAACGGAAAGGAAGCUGACUUUUCCUUUUGUAGGGAGGAUUUCGACGUUGAAGAAGAAGAAAAUCUCUUGGCCACGCGCCAUUUUCUUAAGUAUUUCGAUAUAGAAUGGAGUUAAAACAGGCCUCCUGGCCCGUACACGUGUGCAUAUGUACGAGAGGCCCAGCUGAGAUCGUGUGUACGAAUACGCAGUGCUCUUUCUCAUCGCACGGUAGAGUGAGGAGACAGUGCCCGUCCCAUCCGAAAGUGACAUUUCUCUUGGACCUCGUGCAUUGCCCGUGGUGUGGGACAGACUGUGUCGAGCAACAGCCGGAUGUACAGUUGUCACCUGCUCCCCCUGUUUGCGAGCCGGUGGCAAAGAGUGCCGAAGACAGAGGAAGGUUCAGGCCACAGCUCACAAGAAACACAAAGCCGGCUACGCGCGAAUUCAGAAAUGCGUACAAACGCGUCAGACACUAGAAGUUGCGAAAGAGGAAAAUAAAACCACGCACCGCAACCUGCCUAUAUAUGCCUCCCUAUAUAAGGAUGUUCGCCCUGGAAGGAAUAAAAUGGGCUAUUAAUCUUUCUUUUUUUUUAAAUUUUUAUACAGUAUACAUUUAUAUAUGUUUAUAUACUCUUUAAAAAUUAUUAUUUUGUUUGAGAACUUAAGUACUGAUUGUAGUGCGUGUUGAGUUUGAAUUUGGCAAUAAAUUCUUGUUAUGUA